CGUCUGUGUUGUCAAUUUGUCAUGCACGUGUUGUUGUUUAUAUUGUUUGAAAUAAUAUUUUUUGCAUGAAUUUAAUAUUAUAUGUGCCCUGAUUAAAGCUAUAAUAUAAAACAAUGAAGCAUAAAAGAUUUGAAGAGAACAUACUAGUUGAUGAAGCGUAUACAAAUUACGGGAAAGUUGAUAAAAAUGCGGAUGAAAAAAAAGGUUAUGGGAUCGCUAAACAUUUUGCAGACUCUUUGGAGUAUGGAGACAAAAAGAAGUGGUUUCAACAGCUACCAGAAGAACCAUCAGCAGUCAGUAAUAGUUUAUCAUCUGAAAAAGUUGAAGAGCUGAGGCGAGAAGCCAACAGUGCCCUGCAUGGAGACACAUUGGCUUAUGAAACAAAAAGUGGUAAAAACAGCUCAUCAGACCAUCAGUGGGCUAAAACACUGUUGACAAAAGGCACUAUAGCAGACAGAGUUGCAGCUGCCACUAUACUGAUACAGGAUAAUCCAAUAUACAAUUUAACAGCACUCAGGAAUCUAAUAAAUGGCGUCAAACCAGCUAAAAAGAAAGAUGGGAUUGUCAUUAUUGAUGCAUUAUCAGAGCUUCUUAUAUCUGAGUUGCUCAUACCAGAUGCCAAGCUACGUACAUUUGAACAGCACCCGCUGGACAAAAUAGAUGAGAUCACAUCCGGUAACAAGCAGGCUCGGAGAAACAUCCUCAAGCUGUGGUACUAUGAGGAUCAGCUUAAAGAGCUGUAUGGAACAUAUGUGGAGGCAUUAAAUAAGUUUGCACAUGACUCGGUGGAUGCCAACAAGGAGAAGUCUGUAAGUGCUAUGUCCUACCUCUUGAUGCAUCAUCCUGAAAGGGAAAAGAUGCUGCUAAGUAACAUAAUAAACAAGUUGGGAGACCCGAGCCAGGCGGUGGCGUCCAAGGUCAUCUACCACCUGUGCCAACUGCUCUACAACCACCCCAACAUGAAGGCUGUUGUGCUCACCGAGAUUGAGAAAAUGUUGUUCAGGUCGAACAUUUCGCCCCGCGCGCAGUACUACGGGAUAUGUUUUCUGAACCAGUUCUACCUCGGCAAGGAUGACAGUAGAAUAGCUGAGAACUUGAUAAGAAUAUACUUCGCAUUCUUUAAGGCUUCUAUCAAAAAGGGUGAGAUAGACUCUCGUCUAAUGUCCGCCAUACUGACGGGCGUGAAGCGCGCCUACCCGUUCGCCGACAAAGACCGCCUGGCCGAAGCCGCCAGCCACGUGGACGCCAUCCACCGGCUGGUGCACCUGGCGAGCCUCAAUGUGGCCAUUCACGCGCUGGCCCUGCUGUACCAUAUCAGCGACGCUAGCAAAGGCACCUCUGAUAGAUACUACACGGCUCUGUACCGGAAAUUGACAAAUGCUGAAAUAUUCAACACCACACAUUCCGCAUUACUCUUCUCGCUCAUUUACAAGUCCGUGAAGCAGGACAGCAACAUCCCGCGAGUGACGGCGUUCAUAAAGAGAUUGUUACAGUUAUGCUGUUACAUGAAUCCUGCACAAUCUUGCGGGAUGCUGUUCCUGAUAUCGCAAGUUCUGAAGAGUAGCGAGAAGAAAGACGCGCUCAAACUGGUUUGGAGUAAAAGGGAACUAAAAGAGGAAAUCAAAGAAGACCCAGAAACAGAACAAACUACAGAAGAAAUAAAAGACGAAAGUGACAAUGUAAUGUUAGAAGUAACAGACACAGGAAGUAAAAAAGAAGAUAAUGAAGAAGAAGAAGAAGUUAAAGUGGAGUCAAAGAAGAUUGACCUUCUGCAUGGUGAUAAGAGAGAUCUGCUCAUAGAUGAUGACGAAGAAGCCUACGUGGACCUGAAGAUCGACGAGGAAGGCAACAUAAAGCCUAAGAAACGACGUGCAACCGCCGUUACCGGCUGGUACCACGCCAAGGUUAAGCCUGAUGAGAAGGCGGACGAUGUUGAGGAUAAGGAGACUACCACCAACAUACAGUUGAAGAAGAGCAUAAAUAUGGAUAGAGUGAUAACAGAGUACAGUCCGUACGCACGCAACCCUGCGUACUCGGGCGCGCACUGCAGCGCGUACGUGGAGCUGCUGCCGCUGGCCAACCACUUCCACCCCUCCGUCAAGCUUUUCGCCGACAAGCUGAUACACGAACAAAUCAUCCAAUACAGCGGUGACCCGCUCAAAGACUUCGCCGGGAUCCGUUUCUUGGACCGAUUCGUGUUCAAGAAUCCGAAGAAACGUGCAACCGAGCAGGUGGAAGGCGAAGUCAAGAGGGUCAAGGGUUCGCAUCCCAAGUUUGCUAUACGGAGAAACUAUACUGCGAAGGGUAUCAAAAGUGUGUCAGUGAUCUCGUCUACAUACUUAAACGAAGACGCCAAGAAGAUCCCUGUGGACGAGAAGUUUUUAUACGAUUUCCUACAAAAGCGGCGCCAUGUGAAAGACUCUGACGACGAGGACAGUGACAACGAGUCGGUCACCAGCGAGGACUUCGAACAGUACCUCGACUCCUUCACCGGCACCAAGGCUACACAAGAGUCCGACGAGGAACUAGACUACCUGGCAGAAAUGGCAGCGACGAAACAGAAACGUCCCAAAGGUGACAAACAGAGUGAUGAUGAGCUCGGCGAUGAUGACGGCGAUGAUGAUGAUGUGGACGGUGAAAAUAGUGCUGAUGAAGAUGGCAGUGACGGCGAACUAAACAUAUCCGGUGACGAGGACGAACCUGCGCUGUCUGGUGACGAAGAUGAACUACUACUUGAAGACAGUGACGAGGAUGAACAAAUAGAUGUGCCCUCUAAAAAAUCAGCAAAAAAUAAAAUGAAACUAAAAGGAGGCGACGACUUGGGUUCAUUAUUCGCUUCAGCUGAAGAAUUCUCAACUCUAUUAGAAGAGACAGCAUCAAACAAAAAACAAGGUUCAAGUCAAGCUGUUUCCAACACAGAUAAUGCAAGCACAAAACAACUUGCUUGGGAGGAUAACAGAGAUAGAUGGAUCAAAGGGUACAACAAAAAAAUCCUCGGACACAAAGGAAAUAAUAAAAAGUUUAAAAAGAAAAACUUCAAAGGAAAUCCAAACAAAAUGGCGGACAAGAAAAAAGGCGGGAAACGAAAAGGCGGCGAUGUUCACAGUGCUGGCGGGAAAAAGAGAAAACAUAACUAACUUCGUAAUACAAUAUACAAUAAUAAGUAACUUUGUAAUAUAAUAUGCAAAUAAAUGUUUAUAAAUGUG